AUGGCGCGCGUAGCUAUGACAGGGACCGCGGCCGCGGACCCGGCGGCGGACGGGGCUGGCGCGCAAGCGCCGGCCACCGUCGUGCCGCCGGGGAUGCGCAGCGGACGCUGGAAUAGCUCCGAUCGCGCGCAACUGGAGGACGUGGUGAGUGUCGCAAGGUUGUUCGGUGCGUCUUGUGUCAGGGUGAUAAGGCCUGGCUACGCGACCAUCGAGGUCGACCUGAAGCACGAGAAGGCCGCGGGCGACCGCGAGUCGGUGCAGGCGGCGGAGCGCUCGUACAUCGAGCGCACCGCGCCGAAGAAGAAGGAGCCCACCAAGGAGCAGCUCGCGGCUCGAGCCGCGGCACGCAAGGCCAAGAAGAACCGGCAGAAGGAGCGCCGGGCGACGGAGGCUGGCGAGCGCGCCGCGAGCGAGGCCGAGCGCGCGGAGGCCCCGCGGGCGCAGCUGCGCGAGAACAUCCAGUACGUGAUGGCCGGGCUGCGGGACGACGGGUAUCGACGCGGCCCCAGCAAGGUGUACGCCACAGUUCCCCAGGGGACCGUGGCGACGACCGUCGCCUCGGACUGGCUCGCGAACGAGCUGGCCGAGCACGGAGAGAUUGAUGCGGCAUACCGCGACCGCAUAGUCAUGCACCUGAUGACGGCCGCCGGCGCCUCGGCGCCGGCCGACGCCGUGUUCAGGUUCACGGCUGGCGACGCGAUGCAGACCGAGGACGACGACGAGGACGCCGACCGCUCCGAGGAUUAUUCCGACGACAGGAGGGCGUCCGACUUGUAG